AUGCUAAAGAUUACAAGAGGCGUGUAGUGAACAAAAUUUGAUGGCGUGAUAUGUAUAUAAAAGCAGUUUUAGAUGUUAAUUGUUUGUAGCUUUAGUCACGUGAUUUACUUAUGAGGCGAGAUUUCCACCAUAUUUUGGUAGCAGGUGCUCGAUGACACCUUCUGAUUCAUCGAUAAUGUCACUGUCACCUUCUUCAAUGCACUGAAUCGCGGAUCUGUAGUAGUCCACUAUUGUCUGCGUUUACAGUAGCUAUGCUUGUCGUGCGGAAGUAAUGGUCAAGACAUAAUUCAGGAAAAUAGGGUCGACCCUGACCACAUGAAAUUAUUUCAGGGAAAAUCCGCCUACUUCAUAUCCUUCACAUUCGACACUACUGACAUUCCUAUAUAGUGAAAGUAGACACUAAACCGACACGAUGAAGAAACUAUUCUCGAAGAUAGACACUGGACAACAGAACCCUCAUAUUGGGAAAGUCUUCAAUGUUGGAAGAUUUAGCUGUACAGUUGAAGAUGUCAUUGCUGAAGGCGGAUUUGCUAUUGUGUUCCUGGUGAAGGCUCAGAAUGGUAACCACUAUGCCCUGAAGCGUCUGUUUGUAAACAAUGACCAGGACCUGACUGUGUGUAAGAGAGAAAUACACAUAGCGAAAACAUUAUCGGGCCAUAAGAAUAUCAUUAAGUAUGUAGAUUCCAGUAUUACAGUAACAACCAAUCGGGUGUACGAGGUGAUGAUUUUAAUGCAAUAUUGUAGAGGUCAUGUUAUACAAUUAAUGAAUGACAGAUUGAAUGUUGGAUUUUCGGAAAAAGAAGUUUUGCGGAUAUUCUGUGAUGUGUGUGAAGCAGUAGCCAGACUGCACCACUGUCAGACUCCCAUAAUACACAGAGAUUUAAAGGUGGAGAAUAUACUUAUAGCUGACAGUAGUCAUUACGUGCUGUGUGACUUCGGCAGCGCUACAGCCAAAGUCCUUGAUCCAAGUCAACAAAACGUUCCUCAGGUAGAAGAUGAAAUUCAAAAAUAUACAACUCUAUCAUACCGGUCACCAGAAAUGGUAGAUCUCUACAAUGGAAAACCAAUAUCCACCAAGGCAGAUAUAUGGGCAUUAGGUUGUAUGUUAUACAAGUUGUGUUUCUUCAUCUUACCCUUUGGGGAAAGUACACUGGCUAUACAGAGUGGAACCUUCACCAUACCAGAUAACUCCAGAUACUCUAACGGGCUUCAUGCACUUAUAGCGUACAUGCUGGAGAUAGACCCUGCGAAAAGACCAGAUAUUUACCAAGUGUCAUAUGUAGCAUUUAAACUGGUGGGCAGAGACUGUCCUGUCUCCAAUAUGUUUAGUUGUAAAACACCUGAAAUUGCCAAGCUAACACUACCUAUGACAGAGUCAGAGGCAAGACAAGUGAAAACGGCAACAUACAAAACUGUGUCAUCGUCAGCUAUAGAGAGUACCACAGUCACCCCACGGUCUCGGCCUAAGGGACAAGCUAUUCCACAGGGGGCCACUUUGGGUCUGCCCCUACAGACCUCUGUCGCACCCCGUAAACGGCCAACCCCUACACACACUCCCAAUACCGAUAUAUCACAAGCAAGUUCCAGUCAAUUGCCUCCAGCAACACAAUCACAAAAUUCCAGCAGACCUAGUCAGCAACAACAGCAGUUUUAUGGUGCCAGUGGUCCAACGCAGGCAGCAGCGGAACACUACAACCAGGCUCCUAACUCGGGGAUGACGGCCACAAAUCAGUACCCUCAAAACCAGCAACAGUACAUGGCUCAGCAAAAGGCUCUCCAGCAACAGUUGUACACACAACAGAUGUAUAAACAACAACAGCAACAAAAACUAUAUAUGCAGCAGCAGCAGCAGCAGCAACAACAACAACAACAACAACAACAACAACAACAACAACAACAACAACAACAACAACAACAACAACAACAACAACAACAGUAUAUGCAAAGUCUUCAACAUCAACAGAAUCUACAACAACAGCAACAACGGUUAAAUGUGGCUCAGCAAAGAGUAAUGAGUCAUUCCCAUCAUGAUGGACAGUCCGUUGCGCCUGCUGCCAUCCACAGCAGUCAUAGUAGUGAGGCACUCUUCUCUAACUUCUCCGACACUUUUCAUCAAGAAAGAACAAAUGUUACUGACGAUUGUGUGUAUAACUCGAGUGUUGGUCAGAACAAUAUGUCAGGUCGCAACUCCAUUGAGGACAAUUUUAAAAUCUCUAGCACUUCUCAUUCUCGACAGAAAGGCAGUACAGGCAAAGAUUCGGAUGCUCAGCCACUGAUAUCUAUAACACCGCCACUGUCACCAAAGGUUGUCAAGAGUCACCGUAGAAACGUCAGUGAUACGUCCUACGUAACCAUGGGAGGAAAGGGAAGUGCCUUCAGGUUGGUCAAGGGAAGAAAUUACCAGGGGAACUUUCUGUCUGCACCAUUACAAGGGAAGUCGAAAUCAGCCACCACCUCACCUGUACAGUCCUCAUCCAUGUCACCAACACUAACACGAGCUGUAUCAGCUGAUAUAUCAGACUGGAAUCCUUUUGAUGAUAACUUCGGUGUUGAUACAGAAGAGGAAAUAUUUGGCAAGGAAUUUGAUAAACUAAGACGUGGCUCCAAUAGCAGUAUAUCUAAUGUUAAGAGUAGAGAAGACCUUGUGAUGUCAGGCUCCGACUCAUCAGACCCCUUCACUAGUGCACCAUUCAAAAAACCAGGUAGAACAGGGCCAGGCAGUUCUCACCACCGGAGCACUUCCAGCACAUCCAACUCCAGUUAUGGAGGAGAAGAAAAUGAGGAAAAAUCCAACAGCAAGCAGGACCGGAAGGAACCCAAGGAUGUAGCCAACCAGGAGACAGAGUCACAUGACUUCUUUGGUGCCUCCUUAGUAAAGGCGGCAUUGAACCGGGCGUCACGCUACCAACAACUUGUCGACACGGAUGAGGAAAGUGAAGAGCGUAAAGUCUCCAAACCUGUACAGAUAGAGAGCCAGACUAAACCCCCCAAAGAACAGGCAGAGUCAAGUUCCUCAUACGCAGAAGACGACCAUCCAGGAGUACAUGUAAACAAACGUGUAGUAGACUUCAGUUACAAGGAGUUAGAGGACGAGUAUGGGAGUCGCCCUGUUCCUGCCGCAUCUGCAAAUAAACCGCGUGAGGGACACAAGGUGGCAGCGCAAGAGUUUAACAAUCGGCGGCCUGUAGGGCAUGAAGUACCACCAGGUACGGAUCAUGGAAGCAUAAAUGCAUCAGACAGGAUUGUUGGUCAUGAGUAUGGUGUAAGGCCACUUCUGGAUGAUGAUGAGUUAGAGGAUGCAUAUGGAAUGCAACAUCACUGUGGUAACUCGGAGACAGGGUAUUCACAUGAUCAUGAUGACAGUACCCCCAGUAGUAACAGCACUGUGUCCCCAAACAUGUUGGGUAGUCCUUCCAUGUCCCCAUCAAUAGAGAGAGGUAAAUCUGAUCCAUUUGCAUCUGCACCAUUUAGGAAGAAGCAGACCAGAAAAAAACGCCCAUCUAGUGCUGUAAUGCCAGCUAAACCGCCAGGAAACUCAGAUAUAUUUGCAAAGGCACCGUUCAAACCAAAGUUCAUGACAAAGUCUAAAACUCACCAGUCUAUAGGAAGCCCACUACUGCAGGGUGACAUGGACAAAACUGAGGAGAGUGUAGGAAGCGAGACUAGCAAUGGCGAUAUAUUUGGCAAGGCUCCCUUCAAAAUAGCUCCUGCAACUAAACCUAAACCAUUGAUGCAUGAAUUGUCUCCCCCUUGUGAGCCAGUGUCAACUGUAGGCCAGACCUCUGAACAGGUCAAACAAACUGUGAUAGUAUCAACUCCCUCCGUUAUACCACCCAACUCCAGACAGUUCUACUCCAUGUCAACCACCACCUCCCACAUGGCAGGUGUACAAGCAUCCAUACAACAACCCCCAAAGGAACACUUCUCCGCCCCUGAUCCCUUUGGGGCUGUACCAUUUGGUCACAUGAGUAUGAAUAAAAAGGCUGAUGAUUUUGUGCAGACAGGUAAUGUGAAAAAAUCUCAGUCAUUUGGUUAUAACCCAAGGAACAUGGUAUCUAGACAGACACAGGAUGUGAGGCAAACGUCUGGUGUUAGUGAUGUUGGUUACAAAACCCUCAGUAAUGAGGAAAUUAGAUUUCCAGAUUCCAUCUCCCCACAGCACCAACAAGCUGAAGACUUUUUAUUGAGUAGAGAGAGCGAUGAUGAUGAGUCAGAGGAGGAUGAUGAGGAGGAAAACCUCAGUUCCAGUUUCCAGCAUUCCAGGGGGCGCACCAAGCCUGCACGGCGGAGCCCGCGUGAUACGGUUUCUACGUCAGGGUUCGCAAAUAUGAGUUUUAAUGAUGAUGAUGAAGGAGGGGACCCUGACGGGGUUCACGCUCAGGGAUUCAUGGGGCAGGACUUGAAUAAAUGUAUUGGCCAUAAUUUACAUGUGUCAAGCAUUCGCCAUCCUGCAUACACCAAGGAAUCUAACUCGCAGGUAGCAAAUGCUUCAACAGAAGCAAUGAAGGUUAGCUCUGGUGGUUACGACACCUUCACAUGGCCGAGGAAACAACGGAAGAUUCCCACAAUCAGUAUGGCUACUAAUGAACCGUUUAGUUCUAAAAAGAAAGUAGAUUUGGUGUCAAAGUGAUGACAACAAAGAUAGACUUGGUGUCAAUGUAAUGAUUUGCUUGUGAUUUUGGUGAAUUUGGUGAUUUUUUUUUAUCUAUAAUAUACCAGAAAAACUAAUAAAAUUCCGUUAAAGUUUGUUUUGUUUACAUAGACUUACAGUAGAUACUUUUGUAGUUUUUGCUUAGAGUUGUGCUGUUGAGGUAAUAAAUUUAAUGAUGCAAGAUUGUACAUUUAUACAUUUUCUAGAUCUCCUGUAUAUUUGAUAUAGUUUCUAGAUCCCCCUGUACAUUUGAUAUAGUUUCUAGAUAUCCUGUACAUUUGAUGUAGUUUCUUGAUCCCCCUGUGCAUUUGAUAUAGUUUCUAGAUCUCCUAUAUAUUUGAUAUAGUUUUUACAUCUCCUGUAUAUUUGAUGUAGUUUCUUGAUCCCCUGUGCAUUUGAUUUAGUUUCUAGAUCUCCUAUACUUUGCCCGGUGCUUUCUUUGUCCCUAAUGACCUCCUCUUCACUAUUUAUACAACAUAGGUUCCUUUUUAGGUCUUAUAUCGAUCAGCAAUACAACAACCAUCCACAGAGAGUGCAUCAAACGGACACGGAGAACUCUAACACCAAACAACUUGUUCUUUUAUCGAUGUUAAGAUUAUGUGUUAUAACAAAAAUGUUUUCCUAUCUUAUACUCUGUAUGAAUGUUUAUUUUAUUUUGUAGAUACAUAAAAUAUCUUUGAACUUUAUUCAAUAUACUAAAUGUGUAUCCCUGUCCCACACAGGUGGGCCGUACUGUUUUUGUGCUCUAUCUGGUUUCGAGGGAUGGGGUUAGGGGGAGGGGAUCUUGCCUGCAUUUUCUGAUUUGUUAGAAUUUACAGUCUGUGUAAUCUUAAAAUGGUGUGGAGAAGUCAUAAAGCAAUGACAUAGGCCUAGAAAUUGAACUACAUUUUUAUGAAUCUGAUAUUUUGGCUGUACGUGGGUGCGUUUGAUAUAGCUUUCAAAGCCGUUCUGUUUUAGUAUACUUUUACUUAUGAAAUAUAAGGUCUUUCAGUGAAAAUAAGUAUGUAUUUUCGUUUCGUGACAAACUCACUUUGUGUUAAUUAUCACACCGACCAGAGGGCAGAAUUUAGUACUAAAAAUAACAAACUAUAGGCGUUGUCGUUUAUGACAUCUCAAUAACACUGGCAUAUUGUGUGACAUCACUUACGCUUUCCUUGUCCUAACAUUGUUGUUGGUGGACAGUCUUUUUAUGAAGCUUAUGACUUAAUGAAGAAAACUGUUUUAAACAGAAUAGUAAUGGUGUAAUAGGGACCAAUACAAUGACUUUGUCUUUAAAUACAAUAUCUUAAUCACCACAUUUUCUGAUAUUUUUGGAUGAUAAUGUGUAGUACACUCUUAUUAUAGAAAUGAAAUGACUAGUUAUGUAAAUCAAUUCUAUUAAAUAAUUGAAAGGUCUUAUCUGCAAACAUUUUCAUUUACUGCUACCGUAGAUAACUUAAUUUAUGAGCAUGUUUUAAUUUUUCAUUUGUAUCAUGCAAAUAUUUUUUGUAAAUGUUUGCAUAAAAAUACAUCUGGCAAAGACCAAACAAUUUUUUUGAAGGGUGGAGGGGGUGGGGGGACAAGGCCAGUCCAUUAGGUUUUGGUAUUUUAAACCUCUGUGCACCCUGUACCACUCAGCAAUAAGAAUUAAAAAGAGUCAUAUCAAGACCCCUAAUACUGUAACUCCAUUCUUAAAAUCACUAUUAUGUACUGCAUUCCCCAGUCCGAGUUAUAUUAUCGGAACGAUUGUUUUAUCAUAAUUCUGGUAGAUAUCAGGUACCAAGUCUGGCUGUAGAGAGUUGAACUCGUCGAUGGCUUGAAUUACUGACAAAUCUAUCUAUAUUAAUAGGUGAUGUGCAUUUCAAAGCAGUACAUGUUGAUACCUCCUGUUACCUAGGAUGACACAGCAGCACAUGUUGAUACCCCCUGUUACCUAGGAGGACACAGCAGUACAUGUUGAUACCUCCUGUUACCUAGGCUGACAAAGCAGUACAUGUU